GCUGAUGCAUGUCUAAAGUAAUGAUGCCUUUCAAAUUUUGAAUUAUUACCAAGGGAUCUAGAUUUUUUUUCAUAUUGAUGAACAACUUUUGGAUCCCAAAGCUUUUCUUGUAAUUGACGUUUGCUUCCUUAAAAAGAAAAAAAGUACCGGGUAAUACAAACCUAAUUGUGAAAUAUCAGGGAGGAAAAACAUCAAGAAUUCCGCGAAAACUUGGGGAAUUUCCCCACUCCAAAGUGCCACGCCCACAUCCCUCGAAGGUUGCGGUCGUUGCCAGGAACAUUUAUUUCUUUGUUAUUAAAUGCGACGCCAAAAUGUUUUCCGAUGAAGAAUUUGAAAGGUAUUUGAAGGAGUUGGAUGAUCCAGACCUCUCUGAAUUUGAAUUCUUUACUGAAUCUACCGGAGUGAAAAUAUAUCGCAGAUAUAACAAGACUUCUGGAUUGUAUGAUUACAAAACUAUGGGUGGAAUUGAUAUUCCUGCAGAAACAUGUUUUGCUGUUUAUACAGACUUGCAGUACAGGAAAACAUGGGAUUCAUAUGUGAAAGAAUUAUAUGAAUUCAAGGAUGAUAGGAACGGUGUGUAUUGGCGAGUGGCCUUUCCCUUCCCUCUCUCAAACAGAGAUUAUGUUUUUGUCAGAGAAACAAGAGAAUAUGAUCGCAAUGGGAGGCAUAUAUAUGUAUGUCUUGGAAGGAGUGCUGAAUUCCCAUCAAAGAAGGAGAAGUCAGGCGUCGUACGGGUCAAUGAUUUUCUUCAGAGUAUGAUUAUUACUUCAGAUGGCAAAGGCACCAAAGCAUUCAUGCAUUACUAUGAUAAUCCAAGGGGUAUGAUUCCAACUUGGGUAAUCAAUUGGGCAGCAAAGAGCGGUAUACCAGGUUUCUUGGACAAAAUGAUGAUUGCAUGUAAGAGCUAUGACAAUUAUUUAGCUUUAAAGAAGCGAUAACAGUGCAUUUUCCAUUCAUAGUCAUACCAUUAUAAAUCUAUAUAUCACAAUUCUUUGAAUACUUGAGUAUAUUAAGUCUAAUUGAUUGAUUUAUAACUUUUUUUAUUUUAUUUUUGUGAUGAAGGUGUUUACCAAAUAUUUGAAUUCCACAUUUUGGUCAAAUUUUAGGGACAGUGCUAAUUAUGAAUCAGCUAAUUUUAUCUUUUCAUGUAUGUGAACAAGAGAAAAGGAAAUCAAAGUACUUGUAAUGAUGUUACCCUUUAGUGCAGUGUUUAAUUAAUAAAUGGUGACCAAACAUUUUUUUGUGUGCAAAAUUUGCCUGUCUUAAUUUCUUUGAAGACACAGAUUCCUGGUCUUUACCCCCCCCCCCCCCAAUUGUUUUUGUAGAAUAGGUGAAGAAUAGAGUUACGUUUGAUAUCAGUUCUAUGGUGAAGAUAUUCCAGUAGAAGUAAAUGUCAAAGAAUCUUUGAAAAUGAGAUUUCUCAUCUAUGCAAAUCUCAAGCAUGAUAUCUGGUCAGUUGACUUGUCCAAUUCAAAGUGCCCAUUGGUAUGGUGAUUCUGUUGGAUUGGAAAACUAGCAUUUCAAAACUUUCUGUUUAGUUUGUACGAAUUUUGUUUUCAUUGUUACAGAUAAGUAGUAUGUUAAAUUUUGUUUUCAUUGUGUUGGCAUUAAUAUCCCAUAUUAUGAUAGUGAGUUUUAAAUAUUCUCAAUAGCAAUAUAUUCAAAUAGAUGUGAUACUUUCAUUGAAAAAAUAUCCGAAUUAGUUUGCCAUUGAAAAUGGUGAAGAUUUGAAUAAUUUUCAUGUCUAAAUAUUACUUUUAAAGGGAUUCAUUACUUUGUUUUCUGUAGCUCUGCAUAGGAACAGACAGUUUGAAGUGUGUGUAUCUUUGUAAAGUUCAAAUAUCAGUUCUCAGGAAUUGUCUUAUUUUGUAGAUAAAUUAGAUUUUAUUCAAAUGAGACUUGUUAAGUUUAUGAAAGAUUGAUACAUUUGAUAACACAAAUGAAUUGCAACAAAUACUGUUUCAUGAUGAAAGGAAUAUCGAUUAGCAUACCAGAGCCUGAGUGUGCUCUAGUUUUACCAGAAAUACAUUACAUGCACCUUAUAUCGUUUUGAUCAUUUGAAACUGUCUUAUUGGAUAUAAACAUUUAGAUGGUUGUAUUUUUUGUAUUCAGAUAUCAAGAUAUUGGUACAUGUAUAUUUGUUCAGAAUAUAUAUUUUAUUUUCAACAGAAUGAGGGAGGUGUUUUAUACUUUUUGUAUUGAUAUUUAAUUUUUAAUGUUAAUGGUUUUACUGGCAUUUAUAUAUAAGUGCAUUUGUCGAGGUGAAGGUAUUGAAUGUGCAAUUAAAUGUUUGUAUUAAAAGAAAUGAGUGAUUGUCCAGUCUAUGGGUCUGAUCAGUCUACAUGUACAUUAUAACUAUAUGGACAUUUUUGAAGAACAAGGAAUUUCACAAAAUAUAUUUGUUUUGACCCUAAAUUUCAUAUUCAUAAAAAAAACCUUGUUAAACCCAAAAGUGUUUCAAUGGAAAUAUAUGAUAGAAUCUAUUCUAAGCAUGUCUUCAAAGCUCAAGUUAAAGCACUUUGAAUACCAUUUUUAUAAAGAUUUUGUACAUACCACUGAAAAAUAAAGAAUUUAAAGUUUUAGAUGAAAAAGCUUACAUUUUGAAAAAUGUAAUAAUGGGGACAGUGGGUCAUGUGAGGGAUUGCUAUUCUUUAGUGCACUCACAAAUAUACUUCAAUAUCUUUGCCACCAUUGGUAAUUUCCAUGGUAACAUGUUAACUGUCGAUCACAAUCAAGAUUUAUAAGGAUGAUACAUGUUCCAUAAAUGGUUACAACAAUUGAA